UGAAGUCUUCAAUAAUGGGGACCUAUCUUUAAUAAUAUGGUCUAUGGUGUGAAGUAUGAUGAAUAUUUGUUACGUAGUAUAUUUCUGAGGAAUAUUACUUACUCUAUGCUGAAUAUUGAGUUUUGCCGACGUCAACAAAAAAGUGCCUAUGAAGUCGGCAGAUGAUAAUGAUAUAGAGGUUAAAAUUCAGGGAGAAGUAAUAGAAGAACUCGAACCGGAACCAGAAACUGAAAUAGUAGAUAGAGUAGAAGAGCAAUUAAAUACUGACAACAUGGAUGGUGAUAGCAAAAAAUCACAAUCAUACAGUAAUAGAAGAGUAAAACAUGGUUACAUAAAGUAUAUAAGUUUGGUUAUACUGACAGUACAGAAUGCUGCCCUUGGGCUUAGUAUGCGACACGCUCGAACCAGGCCAGUCGCAGAAAUGUUUUCUUCAGCUGCAGCGGUGCUGAUGGCUGAAGUUUUUAAACUAGUCAUUUGUAUCUGUCUUGUAACACAAGAAUCAGGUGGAAUUAAACAGGGAAUGAGGUCUAUGUAUAACAUAGUCAUUUUAAACAUUAAAGAUACAUUGCGUGUUUGUGUGCCAUCAUUUCUGUAUAUUGUACAGAAUAACUUAUUGUAUGUAUCUGCAUCUAACUUAGACGCGGCUACUUAUCAGGUUACAUAUCAAUUAAAGUUACUUACAACUGCAUUUUUUGCUGUCCUUGUUUUAAAAAAGCAACUCAAGAAAUGGCAAUGGUGCGCACUGGCGUUGCUGGCGGCUGGUAUAGCUCUUGUCCAGCUGUCUUCAACAGAGAAAUCAACUUCAACAAAUACAUCAAAUAUGCCAGAACAGUCUAAGAUAUUAGGAUUCAGUGCCGCACUUGCUGCUUGUUUCUUGUCUGGGUUUGCUGGUAUUUACUUUGAAAAAGUCCUCAAGGAGUCUGAUGUAUCGGUGUGGAUGAGGAACGUCCAACUAAGUCUAUUGUCACUGCCCUUCGGUACUGCUACAUAUCUAAUCAAAGAAGGGACCUCAGAAUAUUUGUUAAAAGGCUUUGAUGGCUUCGUUUGGUACUUAAUAGUAUUACAGGCCGCGGGUGGAUUAAUAGUAGCUGUUGUUGUUAAAUAUGCUGAUAACAUAUUGAAGGGUUUCGCAACUUCCGUCGCAAUUAUUAUAUCUUGUGUAGCAUCGAUGUACAUAUUUGAUUUUGUUUUAACGUUACAGUUUGCUUUUGGCACAAUGAUGGUCAUAGGAUCUAUCUUCCUGUAUGGCUAUGUUCCUAAAAAGCCUGAACCGCGGACAUCUUUAAGUGUAUGAAUGUUUGAGUUAUAAAAUCAUUAUUAUAAUAUUAUAAUGACUAUAUAUACUUUAAGUGAAAGAAAUACAUAUUUUACAAUGUAGUUAGGCAAAUGAAUUUAACGACAUUGAAUUAUAAUUUUUAAAUUAAUAGUACAUACUAUUCCAGGGAAGUACAACUAUAAGUAUUUAUAGAUUUAAAAUACAAACCAACUGGGGCCAGCUUAUUAAUUUAUGAAUAAUGAACAUUUGUGUGAAAAAUGUUGUGUGCCCUUACCAAAAUGGAUAUAGAAUGAGGUAAUAGUAUUUAUCCCUGUAUUUUUAUGUGCACACUUAUCUAUAGCAUCUUAUACAUCAAUAGAUUUUAAUUACAAAAAAAUACAAUAUAAACGGAGUAUGUCAAAAUAUAUUAUAAAUAAGCAAUCAGAAUUUUUGUUUACUUAUAUAUAAAUGACAAAGCUAGUACGAGUUAAUAUUUUUCAUAUAUCCUACAUAAAAUUAUUGACGCAUAGUGAGUAAAAAUACUAUGUAGAUCACACUUAGAUUGACGUCUAUCAAUGAAUACUAAAUGUGCGUAAAAGGCGAUUAUUAAAUGAAUGACCAUAUGUCAUUAGUAUUAAAAAAAUAUCAAGCUGUGUAAAUUGACUAACGGACGCUAGAACACCAGAAUUAUGAAUCUGUGUAUUUGAGCAAAAAUUAACUUUUUUUAGGGAUAAUUUUACAACAUCGUAUUUUUUUCGGUAAUUAAAAACUAGUGGUGUAUUUGCUGGUACCUAACUGUACUAAUUUUUUUUAUUGAUAGAAUUGCUUGUAUUUACCGCUAAGUAAGUAUAUAAUUUUUUUCACACGGAUCCGCAGACACAUUGUAGGAAAUAAAAGAAUAAUUAUCCAACGAGACGAAAGAGAAGAUCUCUCCAUCGAGACGUUAUAUUAUUUUUGUAUGCAUACACACGCAUAUCUUUUUCUAAAGUCAAUAAUAAAUUCUAUUGUAGUUUUAUGACUCGUUCCAAGAUCUAGAUAUCUAGACAGUUCAGUUACAUAUAAAAUUUUACCAAAAUUGUUUCAGCUGUUAUCCCUUAUCCUUAUCCCACUAGAACUUAAUUUCAAAAUUGUUUUCCUCUAUGUCAUAUGUUUAUGGCUCUUUGAACAUCCCUGAGUGCUGUAUUAAAUAUACGUUUUUUUAUUGACGCA